AUGGCUUCCCUGGGGGACGAGGUGCAGGACGGUUACAUGUACCCCGCGUGCGCCGCCUACUCGUACCCGUACCCUUACCCGUCCGCCGCCAAGGGCAAGGGCGUAGCGGGCGGGGGCAGCUGGCGGCCACGCGGCUGGGGCUACCCUCCCGCGGCUUCCUCCUCCUCCUCCUCCUCGGCAGGGGCGGCCCCGCCGUCCUUUCCCGGCUACGGGCAGCUGAUGGCCGCUGAGUACUUCGACAACUACCAGAGGGCGCAGCUCAUGGCCCUCCUGUCGCAGGUGAGCCCCGGCCUGGCCCCGCGGCUCCGCAAGGUCGGCAUCCGGGACGCGGCCGUGCAGGUGAACCCGCGCCGGGACGCGUCGGUGCAGUGCUCGCUCGGGCGGCGCACGCUGCUGCGCAGGCCCCGCGACGGCGGGCACCCGGCCAGCCCGGGCCCCGAGGGCGCGGCGGGCGCCGCCGCCUCCCUGCAGCCGGCCCGCGGGGGCCCCGAGCGCGACAGCCCCCCGAGCGGCGGCCCGCGGCCCGUGCACUUCCCGCGCACCGUCGCGCUGUACUCGCCCCUGGUCUCCCGCCACCUCACCACCUUCCUGGACGGCGCCGAGGCCGCGGCGGGCGAGCAGAGGCCCGGGGCGCCGGGCGCAGGGCGAGGGCCGCCACUCGCGAAGCCCCGAGACGCCCAGCCGGGAGAGGGGUCGGCGAGGAGUGAGCCCCAAGCGCCACCGUCCCAGGAGGAGGAGGAGGAAGCCGCGGCCGCUACGCGGGCGAGCGGGGAGCCGCGGGAGACCCGGGCGGCCGAGGCCGCCCCGCGGAGCGCGUCCGGGAGCCCGGAACAGCCGCCGCCGGCGCGGGGCGCCCAGGCCGCCGAGGGCGCGAGGUCGUCGCAGCGGAGCCCGGAGCCGGGCAAGGAGCGCCUGCGCUUCCAGUACUUGGAGCAGAAGUACGGCUACUAUCACUGCAAGGACUGCAACAUCCGGUGGGAAAGUGCUUACGUGUGGUGCGUGCAGGGCACGAGCAAGGUUUACUUCAAGCAGUUUUGCAGAACUUGUCAGAAGUCUUACAACCCUUACCGCGUGGAGGAUAUUAUCUGUCAGAGUUGUAAGCAGACUAGAUGCUCCUGCUCAGUCAAACUCCGCCACAUCGACCCUAAACGGCCUCAUCGCCAGGACCUGUGUGGGAGAUGCAAAGGCAAACGCCUGUCCUGUGACAGCAGUUUCAGCUUCAAAUACAUCAUUUAAAUGAGUGUAAAAGGCCAGGCCCGACCGGGUGCUAGUGGGGCAGACACGUGGGCUUUUCUCAAGCCCCUUCUCCUGCCGGCCUC